AUGAAGUCUCUUUCCAUCUCCAGGCUGCUCACGGCCGGCUCCCUAGCGGCCGUCGCAUACUCCGCCGCCGUCCAGAGGCCCCUCGCCGACGACGCCAACGACGACCACCCGAUCCCCCUCAUCAUCUGGCACGGCCUCGGCGACUCCUACGACGGCGACGGCAUCAAGCAGGUCGGCGAGCUGGCCGAGGCCAUCAACCCGGGCACCUUCGUCUACAACGUCAAGAUCGGCGCCGACGCCAACGCCGACCGCUCCGCGACCUUCUUCGGCAACGUCACCUCCCAGCUCGAGCAGGUCUGCGCCGACCUCGCCGAACACCCCAUCCUCUCCACCGCCCCGGCCGUCGACGCCAUCGGCUUCAGCCAGGGCGGCCAGUUCCUCCGCGGCUACGUCGAGCGCUGCAACAAGCCCCCCGUCCGCAGCCUCGUCACCUACGGCAGCCAGCACAACGGCAUCGUCGAGUUCAAGGCCUGCGGCGCCACCGACUUCCUGUGCAAGGGCGCCAUGGCCCUGCUGCGCUUCAACACCUGGUCCUCCUUCGUCCAGAACCGCCUCGUCCCCGCCCAGUACUACCGCGACCCGGCCCCCGACCAGUACGAGAAGUACAUCGAGUCGUCCAACUUCCUCGCCGACAUCAACAACGAGCGCGAGCUGAAGAACGUCGAGUACAAGAAGAAUCUGGCCAGUCUGUCCAACUUCGUCAUGGUCAUGUUCGAGGACGACACCACCGUGAUUCCCAAGGAGACUGCCUGGUUUGAGGAGGUCAACGGCACGGAGAGCCUGCCGCUGCGCGCCCGCCAGAUCUACAAGGAGGACUGGAUCGGUCUCAGGGAGCUCGACCGCAAGGGAGGACUCCGCUUCCGCCAGAUCCCCGGUGACCACAUGCAGCUGACCGAGAAGAACCUGAACAAGACCAUUUCCGAGUUCUUCGGUCCCUUCAAGAAGCGCUUCGCCUCCGAGAAGACGUCGUUCGCCUCUGAGGAGUUGUGA